UUCCGCCCGCGAGCGGCGGCGGAAAAAAAAUCGCCAUCAACAUGGCGGGCGGCAGCAACCCGCGGAAAUUCAGCGAAAAGAUCGCCCUCCACAACCAGAAGCAGGCGGAAGAGACGGCCGCCUUCGAGGAGGUGAUGAUGGAGCUCAACAACUCGCGGUUACAGGCUCAAAAGGUACACCAGCUCCGCCUGUCACAUACCCGAGGGCCGUAUUAUGGUGGGUCACUGCCUAAUGUCAACGCCAUCUCCAGCAACAACACUGAAUUCCAGAGUCCCUUCAGCUCUGUGCUGGACUCCAGUCGUGGCACACGGCAUCACGGAUUGGUGGAGCGGGUACAGAGAGCCAGGCUGAAUUCCCCUCACAGGCGACAGGUUGAUAGCUCGCCGUACAGUUCUGCGUACCUGUCACCUCCCCCAGACACCAGCUGGAGAAGGUAA